AAGUGGGGUUUAAAAACUACAAAUAUCCUACAGUUCCCGGCAGGCAAGGCGGUUCGAGCUCAGCGGUGGACUUCCGGAGUUCUGCAGAGGAGAGAGAGGGGUGUUGGGGCUCGGGGAGCCCGGCCGCGGACGGCGAUGCCCAUCGAGGUGGAGCGCAAGUUUGCCGUGCGCCCCGACACAGAGCGGUGUUUGGCGUCCCUGGGCGGGCAGCGCCUGGGCAGCCGCUCUCUGCUGGACCGCUACUUCGACACCGAAGACCUGCGGCUCACGUCCGCCGACCUGUGGCUCCGGACCCGCGAGGGCCGCUGGCAGCUGAAAAGCCGCGUCGGGGCUGGGGGGCCGGCUGACGGGACCACCCGCUACCGUGAGACCACGUCGGAGGCCGAGAUCUUGGCCCUGCUGCGGCCGCUGCUGACCGCCGCCGCGGGGGGCCUGGACCGGCUGGUGGAGAGCGGGCACCUGCAAGAGUUCGCCGCCAUCCGCACCCAGCGCAUCUCCUACCGCCUGCCCCAGGGGACGGUGGUGGACCUGGACCUGGCCGACUUCGGCCACCGGGUAGGCGAGAUCGAGGUGGAGGUGGGCACCGAGGCCGAGGUGCCCGCGGCCCAGGCCAGGAUCGAGGAGCUGGCACGCAGCCUGGGUCUGGACGGUGAAGAGGUCCUUCCUGGCAAGAUGCACGUCUUCCUGCAGAAGUUCCGCCCACUUCACUACCAGAAGCUCUUGGACGCCAGAGUCCUGUAGCCGGAGUCAGGGAGUGGGCGUGGGGCAAGUGCCUCGGGAGCUCAGCAUCUCCGCUGGAAGCAGCAUGUGAUAAUUACCCCAGUGCUGCAACCCGUGCUCCGUGCACCCCUCCCCAGGCGCAGAACUUCCGGUGCACAGCAAGACUCCGCCGCUGCGCAAGGUGUCGAGGCAGCUGAGGCUCCAGACUCCCCAGGGCUCCGGAAACGCUCCCCAUCCGCCUCCGCAGGGUGUGGGGAUUUCAUCGGACUGGGAUGUCUGCCCAACUGCAACCCCCACUCCACCCGGGAGAUUCACACCACACUGUUUUUAUAAGUAAUUCUGGUUCCAGUUACUCAGCGUGUCACAGACAAGUGAAAUAAAGACAGCGAUUGAU